GAUACUGCACAUGCGCUUGCCGUGACGUUUUUGAAGUUACGGACGUGUUGUGAGGUGGUAGCAGCUUCCUGAAGCCUUCCUUGGCCCGAGUUCUGGGAACCCAGGUUUUGAGCCCAUUAGAAGGUGUCGUGCUGAGUUCUUUUUCUUAAACUUCAGAAUCUUGCCUUCCGCAUUUGGGGCAAACUCAGUUCUCGUUCUCGAGCCAAUUACCCCUGAGUUCUCGCGAGACCCGCAGGCUGAGCCGAUAGCCCAACAGCCGGUAUUUUCUAAGAUCUCUACGCGGGCCUUGGAGCCUUAGUGAAGGGAAGCAGCGCCCGGGAGCGAGCCUAACGCUGGCGGACCCCGCCUUGGAGCCUGGCAACGAUGGAUGAGGACCUAGUUUUGGCACUGCGGCUUCAAGAGGAGUGGAACUUGCCGGUUCCGAAGCUCAGUCCGGCCCAGGAGCCCCUAUCACUGGUGGACGAGUCCUGGGAGUUGGUGGAUCCCACGCCGGAUCUGCAGGCCCUGUUUGUGCAGUUCAACGAUCGGUUCUUCUGGGGCCAGCUGGAGGCCGUGGAGGUGAAGUGGAGCAGGCGAAUGACCCUGUGUGCUGGGGUAUGCACCUAUGAAGGGAGAGGUGGGAUGUGUUCCGUACGUCUCAGCGAACCCCUUUUGAAGUUGAGGCCAAGAAAGGAUCUUGUGGAGACCCUCCUGCAUGAAAUGAUACACGCCUACUUGUUUGUCACCAACAACGACAAAGACCGGGAAGGGCACGGCCCCGAGUUUUGUAAGCACAUGCAUCGCAUCAACCGCCUGACGGGGGCCAACAUCACGGUGUACCACACCUUCCACGACGAGGUGGACGAGUACCGGCGGCACUGGUGGCGCUGUGACGGGCCCUGCCAGUUCAGGAAGCCCUACUACGGCUACGUCAAGCGGGCGACCAACAGGGCGCCCUCUGCGCACGACUACUGGUGGGCCGAGCACCAGAGCACCUGCGGAGGCACGUACGUGAAGAUCAGGGAGCCAGAGAACUACUCCAGAAGAGGCAAGGGGAAGACCAGGCCAGCAGCAGCGGAGAAUAAAGGUAAACCCAACAGAGUCGUCCCAUUCAGCGGGAAAGGACAUGUUCUGGGAGAAACAAACGGCACCCCUUCGUCUGGGAACUGCGCCGCUCCACGUGCACUCACGGACACCCGAGAUCAUCUGAGUCAGGACCACUCAACAGACGCCGGAAGGCCAAACCCUAAAGCCGAGCUGAAAUUGGAACAGAGUGGCUCCAGGAAAACCACCUCUCUGGUCUCUCCUGUUCUCAGCAGCAGUCCCCAGAAUGUUUUAAGCAACUACUUUCCUAGAGUGUCAGCUGCCAGUCCGAAGGCCUUCAGGAGUAUGACUGGGUCCCCAAGGAAAAGUGUAGUCGUUGGUGACGUCAGUAAAAACUCCAUCUCUUCUGGUUCUCAGAGGAAGGCGUCCGCCUCGAAGACGGCUCUGAGAAAUGCUCUAAAAGCAGUGGAAUCGACGUGUGCCUCGCCGGGCGCGAGUGGGCCUACAAACGAAUUCCUGAGUAAACGACCCAGGCUGGAGGACAAGACUGUUUUUGACAGAUUCUUCAUCAAGAAAGAGAAAACACAGAGCGGGGGGAGCGCUCCGGAGUGCAGCUCGCACCCUGCGGCCGCGGCGCAGAAUUCCAGCAGUUGGUCCGGUCCCAGCAGGACGGUCAGCUGUCCUGUCUGUCAGAGCGAAGUGGUGGAGUCUCAGAUCAACGAGCACCUGGACCUCUGCCUUGAAGACGACAGCAGCAAAGUCAAAAGCAGCAACAGUCUCUGAAAACAAGUGGGUCUCACGUACCUCCUCUGAUACCUCACCGGUGCAGUGCCAGCCCCUCAGGAAGUUCUGGGUAACACUAAGAUUUGUAGUUUGUGCUCUAGUUCACGCAACCAGCACAAAAUGUUCUAUUUCAUAGGUACAUUUGACAUUGUAAUAUAAAGUAUCUCUCUAAAGUCCCUGUAUUUAUAGUCACUCUUGCCUUAUAUAUACUGUAGCCCAGAGUUCUCUAUAUGUUUACAGGCACAAUUUCAGAUACUUUUGUUCUUGCCUGCUCUUAAAGCUUUUAAAAUCUGUUGAUCUUUUUACUUGCACUUUCCUCAAAAUAUUUAAUAAGAAAUUAAGUAUUUGGUUAAAUUCAAUAUUCCCUUAUGAAUGUUAAAACUCAUUCCCAGUGCUGUUAGUGUUUAUAGUGUUAGGCAUAUUGACCGAAAAUACAAUCUAGAGUGCAGAGUAUGCUGUGAACUCAGGUAGUUUUUAAGUUUUUAAAAAUUUUUCCUCCCAAAUCUUAACAGGAAAUACAUUUUAUAUAUUUUAAGGAGUUUUAUUUGUUUGGCGCCAGACUGUAAAGUAGAUAGAGGAUAGUAAAACAAAAUUCUUUUGGAGUAUUAUUAGUAAGAAAUAACCACUGUAAUUCUGUAGGCCAGAGUUUACUUUUCUCAGAAUGUAGCAAAAUGAGUGGCUAAAAAUUUGGUGCUAAGUGACUAGUGUAUAUAACAUAGCAAACCUAGUUUAUGUAACAUGGAACAUUACUGAACACAUUAUGACCCUUUAAGCCAAGGCUGAAACUGUUACAAUAAAAGGAAUACCAUUUGUUUACUUAGACACACUUAAGAUUGUUUUCAUGUUCUAGCAAAGGGACACACACACUUCUGUCAGUUGACUUCUGUGUCGGGGCCGUACUUCCAGCGCCCUGGCAUGCUCUCAGGUGUUCUUUCCUUCACUGCGGUGCACUGUGACUUGUCCGUACGGAAGGUGCAGAGUGCUUUACCGUGGAGCUGGGUGACUGUCGGUUGCCACCCAAGGUGUCCUCACCAGUGCCUUUGCCUUCCUAAUCCCCACAACCCCGAAUGACCUGUUUUCUUCUGUUGCCACAGGUCUGUUUCACUCAUUUUUGAACUUCAUAAAGUACUUCUUUGUUGGUAUGCGAAGCACAGUAUCUGUGAACAUGCCAAGGCUUAUACAUCCAUUCUACAUUAAGGGACGUUUGAAUUAUUUCCAGCUGGAGCUGGCUAUUAUUACAAAAAUGCUGCUGCCAAGAACACUCCGGUCAUUUCUGCUGGGCCUAUACUCAGGGCUGGAUUGCUGGGUCACAGGGUGUGGCUGUUGGGUAGCCUUAGUGCGUACUGCCGGUGUAUGCUCCUACAACAGUGCGUGAGAGCUGCAGUUGUCUACUUGUUAGCGUCAUCGUCAGUCCUUGUCAUUGUAGCCUGAGAGGUCGCAAGUUUUGAUGUUUUAAGUAUGAAGUUGAAAAAUAAUACUAAUAAAUAUAUGACCUAAAACACAUAUUAUGUUGAAUAAAUGCUGUUAAACUUUUUUUCUAAUUCAGUUUAACAAAUUGUGUGCAGUUAAACAUUGCCGUUUUUAUCCUCACCUGAGGACAUGCUUACUGAUUUUAGAGAGGGGGAGGCGGGGGACACCGAUGCAAGAGAGGAGCAUCAGUUGCGUCUCCUGCAAGCCAGGCAUGUGCCGACUGGGAAUCGAACCUGCAACCUUUCAGUUCAUCGAUGACGCUCCAACCAAGUGAGCCACCCCAUCCGGGGCGCAGUUAAACAUUUUUGAGCCAAACUGUACAAGGUUCUGGGGUUACAAUGUAAAUAAGACAGUCUGUGUCCUCAAGUAGCUUUGCAGCCUACCUGGGGAGGGAACCAAAAGCAGAUUAACCCUAACAGUGUCAGCACAGGUUUCUGCCAGGUGCUGUGGGGAGUUAAGGACAAUCAGCACAGCCCAGGGCUUCAGAUGUUUCUCGGAGAAGAUGCCAUCUGAGCUGCUCUAGGGCCAGCUGAGGGUGGAAAGGGCCUUACAAAAAGAAGGAACACCAGAAAGAUGUGGAAACAGGCCGGCCUGUUGUACUGGGAGCACGAAGCUGUUCCAAAGGAAGAGUACACAAUGUGAGCUGAAAUGGCAGGAGGAGAAAGACUGGACAGGACAGAUGCACCUAGGCGGAAUGUUGAGGGCUGAGACCCCGUCUCAGGUCCAGUUCGUGUCCUCCCUGGUCACACACACCUGUUGGUUCAGGCGGGGGUGGGGCACUGGGGAUCAGGCAGGUCAACAUUUGAGAAGUGCUUUGAUGGAUUUCCCGGGGGCCACAUAAGAGGAAGAAAGGCCGUGGCAGGGAUGGAGGGACUGGGCUGGAGAAAUAUUUAGGUGUAAAGGGUUGGUUAGCGUUUUUUUUGUUUUAAGAUUCUAUUUUUUAGAGAAAUGGGAAGGAAGAAAGAUAGGGAGAGAAACAUUAAUGUGAGAGAAUCAUUGAUUGGUUGCCUUUUGCAUGUGCCCUGACGGGACUGAACCAGUGACCUUUCACUUUGCAGGACAAUGCCCAACCAGUUGAACCACAGAGGUCAGGGCAAGAAUUGGUCAGUUUUAAGGGAUGAUGGAAAUAUGUUAGCUGAAGAAAAAAAACAAGUUAAAUUUGGAAUUAAAUAAGCCUUCAUUUUAAUCUGCUAAAAUCUUUUGAAAAAACUUGCACACUAGUAAUUGUUACUUCCAAAUCUGGUUCAUUUGCUAUAUUAUAUUAAAGAAAUAGUGUCUGUUCUAUUGAUUUAGGUUUUUCCCUUUUACAGCAAAGUUCUACCCUAACACAGAGGUAAUGACUCUGGGCCAGUCUUUAAAGGCUAUGGCCCUUCAUUUUGGGUAGAUGGACAGCAGACUUUAGUUUGAAUUUUUAAAGUCAAGGUUAUAUGUUAUCUAGCAAAACUAACUAUAAAUUCAGAGUGUUUUGUCUGGACAAAAAAAUGUUCCAUUGUUCCAAGGCUCUGACACUUUUUCCCAAAGCUGACAGGAUUUUUAAGUAGAUCAGAAUGUCAAGGUGAAUCAGCUGCUGUAUCUCAUUGGGCUGCUGGAAGAACAAAGCUACUGUAGCUUUUUGUAGUUUGUUGAUCACUAUGGAGAGGCAGUGGUCUCCUGUUAUCCUGCCUCCAUUCUUGUCCUUGAGGCUACUGUUGCUGUUGUAGCAACUUGCUGUGGUUGUUGACAAGCGGCAAAUACACCACACGAAGGGAAACCAACAUACAAUUAUUAACAGAUUAAAUUGC